UCACGGCCCAAAGAAUAAGGCUGAACUCGCGUCAGUCAAUCGGGCCUUGAUCUUUAUUACAGGCCUACUUACUUCUAAAGAGACAAACGACUGCCCGUUUGGUAAACACCAAAACAGUGGCUUAAAUUCAAAAGCGGCAAAAGCAAUUCAUUUCAGCGCGAAGAUUCCCGCCAAAACAUGGUUAGUAAUCGGAGAUCAUCUGAGACGGCGACGCCGCAGCUCCGAUCGAAAUUCAGAAGAGUCACGUGCGAUCACGAACAGAUGAAGAUCGCAUUCCACGAUCUCAAAUCUCAGAUCCGAAUCGGUCUCCUCCAAGCCGAAGAAGUCUUCGCAUCGCUGGCAAUUCCGUUGAUGAAGCUUGUAGGUCUGAAGACGGUGGAGAUGUCGAUGGAGGGCCGGUUCUCCACCAUCAUCAUCCAGACAGACACCGAUUCUCUGCAUCAGAAUUUUGGAUCCGACUCGGGGGAAUUCGGAUCGUCGAAUUGGAACCGCCGUUCAGCGAAGGAAGAAAUCUACGCCGCUAAAGCCGCCGUGGCAGGGAGGCUCGUGAUGGAGAAGCAAAAAGAUCAGCUGGUUCAACUGGUCGGAAUCCUGAAGCAAAUCGAGACUCAAGUCAACGCUCGCCAGAGACACAUGGUCAAAACCCUCACUCACCGCCGUCUCUACAUCCAGAAGUUCUUCCGCAGAGCCGUCGAUUAUCUAUCCUCCGUAGACCGCGUUGACCACCGGACCUUCCAGAUUGCAAUCCUGAAGCUCCUCCGGGCGGUGUUUGACGAAGUGGGCGCCGUGCUGGGGUCAGUAGAGACUGAUGUGGAUGAUCUUCUGGUGGAUUUGGGUAAGCAGAUGUGCGAUCCGAUGGUGGAGUACGUGGAGGGGGUUAAGGCUGAUUUGAGUGAGGGCAAUUGCGUAAGGUUGGUGGGGUUGGUGAAGGAGAUGGCUAUGGAAGCGGGAGAGGCGAGGGUUGAGAUGGAGGCAGCGAGGAGUAGGGCCGCGGUUGCAGAGGCUAAGAGAGUUGAGGCUUUGAGUAGGCUCCGGGAAGCAGAGAACAAUGUGUGCAAGUUGAAGGAGUGCCUCAAGUUUUUGCCUGAGCCUCAUAAGGCAUCCACCAAAGUGAAGCCUUCUGCCCAACAGAAGUUUUUGAGCACGGAGAAGGAGAAAGCAAACGAUGAAGUGCUGCUGUGGGAGAUACUGGAAAAGAAGAGAGAGUACCACACACCACGGAGCCCAUUUGGACCCAAAGAGCUUCUUUCCUUUGAGCCAAAUAAUAAGCGCCAAAAAUCAACCAAGGUAAAACCAGCAGCAGUAACUUCUACGUAUUCACCGCGGUCAAAUACAACGCGUUCGGAUGCUCGGAUUCCCUUGGGCUCAUCUCCUUCGGUAACAAUUCAGCGAGCUGCUUCUCUCAAGCUCAAGCAAAUCAGCUCUCCAAAAAUGCGUCGCGCUUGAAGGUAUGGAUUUUCCUGUUGGUUUCAGCAUCAAAUCAAUGGCUAGGAUUGCUUACCAAAAAACAAAUCAAUGGCUGGGAUUUGCACUUGGCCAUUGAGCAUGCAUAAAGCAAGAAAAUAUGUUUGUGUGCUGCUUUUGUCUGUUUAGAGCUUUUAGUAGGUCAGGCCAGCAGAUUAGGAGACAUGAUGAUAGAGAACCAGACAAACUUUGGUGCUGCUGUGGUGUGAUUUAAGAGCUUUUGGAUUAAGAAAUUAAGAUGUUGGGGAUGGCAAUUUUAUAUUCUGACAUGAAUAUUUUUAUAUAAUCCCCACCAUUUGAUGAUGGCGGAGUGCCGGAGUGGGGGGUGCGUGGAUCAAACCCACCGAUUCCCUAGGUUUAUAGGGAGUAGGACUAUUAGUUUAUUAAUCUUGAGAAUUCUAACGUGGAAAUAUCUUCCAUGCUGUUGAAGGAUUUUGGUAUGUCUUUUUACGAGAGAUUCUAUCAUAUAAUCGUUUGUGUAUUUUUUUUUUAUGGUUUUUCUCGUCACGUAAUUUAGAGUUUUAGAUAAAUAUGAAUUUAAAUUUGGAUUAAGAAGUUAAUGUUGGACUUAGAAAGUUAAUUCCAACAUGUAUAUUUUUAUAUAAUACCCACUAUUGAUGAUGGAGAAGAGAUUGUACCAUAUUGCUAAAGAUUGUGGUAUGUCUUUUUUUUACGAGAUAUUUUAUCAUACAAUUGGUGGUAUUUUUUUUUUAUAUAUCUCUGAUCACGUAACAUUUAAAUAAUUACCAACAUUGAUGAUGGGAUAGCCCAUUAUAUCUUUAUUAAUUAUGAGAAUUGUCAUGUGAUUCUUUAUGCUGCUGCUGGACUUUUGCAUUGCCUUCACCAACUCAUGUUUGCUUUGCUCCUUUUGUUUCCAUUAAUCUUUGUUUGCAGAUUUGAUGCAGAGGAAAACUUCACGAUUCACUCUUCGAUGUACAAUGUGAGUUUUAAUUCGUAUAAAAAAGAAGUUCAACUUGCAUGUAUCAAGUAAAUUUGGAUUACUUUUCUCUUGUAAGACUCUAUUUUUAAUAAUAAGA